AUGACGACUUCGCUGCUCCUGCAUCCGCGCUGGCCGGAGAGCCUUAUGUACGUCUAUGAGGACAGCGCGGCGGAGAGCGGCAGCGGAGGAGGCGGCGGGGGAGGCGGCGGCGCGGGCGGCGCGGGGGGCGGCUGCAGCGGAGCGAGCCCCGGCAAAGCCCCCAGCAUGGACGGGCUGGGCAGCAGCUGCCCGGCCAGCCACUGCCGCGACCUGCUUCCGCACCCCGUGCUGGGCCGCCCGCCGGCUCCCCUGGGCGCCCCACAGGGCGCCGUCUACACGGACAUCCCGGCCCCAGAGGCUGCGCGCCAGUGCGCCCCGCCGCCGGCGCCCCCCACCUCGUCCAGCGCCACCCUGGGCUACGGCUACCCGUUCGGUGGCAGCUACUACGGCUGCCGCCUGUCGCACAACGUGAACCUGCAGCAAAAGCCUUGCGCCUACCACCCGGGUGAUAAAUACCCGGAGCCAUCGGGCGCCCUGCCGGGUGACGACCUGUCCUCCAGGGCCAAGGAGUUCGCCUUCUACCCCAGCUUCGCCAGCUCCUACCAGGCGAUGCCCGGCUACCUGGACGUGUCGGUGGUGCCUGGGAUCAGCGGGCACCCAGAGCCGCGUCACGACGCGCUCAUCCCCGUCGAAGGCUACCAGCACUGGGCUCUCUCCAACGGCUGGGACAGUCAGGUGUAUUGCUCCAAGGAGCAGUCGCAGUCCGCCCACCUCUGGAAGUCUCCCUUUCCAGACGUGGUUCCCCUACAGCCCGAGGUGAGCAGCUAUCGGCGAGGGCGCAAGAAACGCGUGCCCUACACCAAGGUGCAGCUGAAGGAGCUAGAGAAGGAGUACGCGGCCAGCAAGUUCAUCACCAAAGAGAAGCGCCGGCGCAUCUCUGCCACCACGAACCUCUCGGAGCGCCAGGUCACCAUCUGGUUUCAGAACCGGCGGGUCAAAGAGAAGAAGGUGGUCAGCAAAUCGAAAGCGCCUCAUCUCCACUCCACCUGA